AUGGCCAACACAGCAGCACAAAACGAUGCCAGCACUGACUAUUGGCCAAUACAUAUUGCGCGCAGUGAUGGCCAGGCAUACGCGAAUCUCGACCACAGCUCGCUGAGCCCUACCGAGGAUCAGGAUGUAACCCAGCUCGAACGAUGGGAGGUCAUUGUCGCCGGCCAUCUUCAAAACCAGAUGGCGCCCAAGGACGAUAAGAAGCAAUAUAUCCUCGCAGGGUUCCCUAAGGGCUACGAGCUACGGUGCGCAGUGAGGAAGGAUGGCGGUAGAGACUACUACUUGUACGGGCAUCCGGCAGGACCCAAGGCGAAUUACCGCACCCCCGGCGAGUUUGCCCUGCAUGCCUUGUGGCUCGCAAGCGACUCGACCGACAACAGCCAGUGUCCCUGCGACCUAUGUCCGAAAUACCUUGAAAAGGCCAAAGCGGAGAGGGAAAGGAGCCAAGCACCUGUGAUCCCGCCUUCGGCUCCUGCUACCGUCGCCGCUCCUGGGCCAGCCACGGCAGUGCAUCCCUCCGCUGUACCGCCGGCAUCAGCAACAAUUCAGCAGCCACCUCCCCAACAACAGCGGCCACUACCUCCCCAGCAGCAGCAACAGGAGCAGCAACAACCGCAACCGCAGCCACAAGUCCCGCCCCCACCCCCAGGGACCACCAGUUGGACCAAUGUCUUCCGCGUGGGCGAGUUGGUUUGGUACAAACACACAGCAUGGCGGUUGGGUGUGGUCAUCGCCAUCACCCCCAAGCCCGGCACCACUGUCCCCCCAGGCGCACCCGACUCCAGCUACCACUUCACCCUGGCCCCUCUCGGCCACACACUGCUCGAGCAACCAAGCCUGAUCAAAGACUGCCAAUCCAUGCGACCCUUCCUGACCUUUAGCGUGCCCAAUGCGGGCAUGGAAGAACUUAAGGACAAGACUUUCGACACGGUCAACUGGCAAGCCAUGACCGGCCGCCUCUCCCAAGAGCCCGAUCCCACCAAGCGCGAGAUCAACCGGCAGGUCCUCGGUCUCGAAGCCUCCAAGAUGGGCGCGCGCGCUAUCAAUGAUGCCUUCUCCACCUUCGACCUGCUUGCCCAAGGCACCACGCCCGACCGCACACUCCACGUGCAGCACUACGGCGGCAUCUACCUGGGCGCCGAGAUGGUCCGCAUCGGCGACCCCGUCCGGGUCAUCAACGCCCCCUCCGCCACAACGCCCGGCGGUGCCGGCCCCGCGCAGCCGGACCUCCCGCCCGACGCCAACCUCAUCAUGCUCAUCACAGAAAUCCAAGUCCUCACCCCAACCUCCCCGCCCGGCGGCGCGCGCGCCACCCUCCAGUUCAAAGGCAACCUAUACCGCACGGCGCGACUCUCCUCCACCCACCCACCACCCCAGGGCACCGUGCCCCCCGCAGCGGAAGCCUCACUCGGCGCGGCCUUCGUCGAGGAGCUGGCGACGCGCAACGCCAUCGGCAAGGACAAGGGCGCGCGGUGGAGCUGGGUGCUGGUGGCGGCGCAGGUGCUGCGCGGCGAGCACGACGUCCAGGGCCGCUUCUACGUCACCGAGAAGCUCAUGAGCGUCAUCGACCCGGCCCGCCUGCAGGCCUGGGUCCAGCGCGGCAUGCUCGAGGAGGCCCCUGCGUAUCUGAAUAAUAGGGGGCAUAGUGGCGGGGGCCAGUAUGUGGGCAGGAAGCCGGGCAGGAAGGCGACGCUGGGCCAGGCGGUGGGUGUUGAGUUUCGCAUGCCGGGGGGGUUGGUUGAGAAUUAG